AUGAAUCAUGAUGAAUCCCAACCCACGCCGGGGCUCGAAGAUUUGCUGGGACACUUUUACCGGGCCCACGGCACAGUUUCGAACUGCGCCAUGGAUGGAGACACUCGGAGAUGGGUGGGGCAGACGGUGGAAGCCACCGCGAUCUCAGGCUGUAACCUGCUUAGAAGUAUGCUCUCAGACGUUGGGGACAUGGUGUGCUGCCUGUCUGGUGUGGGCAUGGCCAUGCCUAUGUCCAUGGCACACGUUGGAUCUGUGGCGGGGCUUAGUCGCCCUCCGUCUCGCUGCGAGAUGUUACCUGGCCCACCGCGCCGGCGCAAGCCUUUUGAAGAGUUGAGCGACCGCUUAUCGCUGGAUGGGUUGUUGAAGGAGUCGCCCCUGCGGCUCUUUCGUCCAGGACCCUCUUGGAAUGAGAAUGUCGAGCCAUCCCCACCUAGUCUCGAUUCGGAGCCGCCCAAUCUCGAGGCGGAAAUCCACAGUGAAUCUAUGGGCACCAAGGAUGGCCUGCAGAGUUUUUCACCAGUGGAAGCCUCGGAAGGCGACAUUGAACUUGUGAACGACGCGAAUCUGCAGGAAGUUUAUUACUUGGACGAUCGCAUCGUGGAAGGUCCCGAAAGACCACCUGGCACCGCGAUGUCGGUGUGGUAUUUGGUCUAA